AUGUCUGAAAUAGUUGAUUUAACAGGCUCAUCACCUGUGGUUCCAACUCGUCAGACUCGCAGCUCAGCCCGCCAGACACUCUCUCCCACGGCUUUACUUCCUAAAGAACACCAAUCCUCGGAAUCGUCACUCAAUAAACCAACAAUAGAACAUAUCUUUCUUCACCGUUCCCUUUCCGACCUUCCCUGUCCAAGAGAGGAUCAUGGUGCCCUCCGCUCUAAACGCACUUGGCUCGCCUCUCAUACUAUUCCCCUUCCCCAAGAUGUCGUCCAAUCUCUCACUCUCCAUCCAAAUACAUAUCAAAACCCUGUAGAUGCAACAUACGUCUUUGCCCAGUCACAAGCUGGGACAGCAGUGUGCAUCUCUCCUGAUGGCGUCCUCCUCACUUGUGCUCACUGCGUUGCAGAAACACCCUCAGAACUCGCAACCACCUCUUCAAGGGCACUCAUAUCCUCAAGUGGGAACCUGGUCUCAGCAACAGUGAUAGCAUGGGAUCCAGCGCGUGAUCUUGCUCUUCUACUCAUCGCCAAAGCUGAAAGCCCCUACAGACCCUUUCCAUACGGCCGCAUAGGAUCGUCCCCUCCCAAGUUCAACUCCAAGCUCUUGUGCAUAGGCCAUCCCGGCUCAGAGGACCUAGAGGCAGAGCGCAGCGGUGUGAAAACAGAGUACGACACACUAAUGCUCAGUGAGGGCACAUUCCGUGGACUGGCAAAAGACCAAGAUCCGCAGGACAAUAGCGAUAUUGGUGCUCUGAAGCACAACUGCUGGACGUACUGGGGACAUAGUGGCGCGGGAUUGUUUGAUCGAAAAACAGGGGCUUUAGUAGGUGUGCAUUCAAGCUGGGAUGAGAAAACGGGCAUGAGGAGAGGAGUACCCCUUGAGGCGGUCGUGGCAUUCCUCGAAGAGUUUGAGGCGAGCAGGAAGAACAGGUUUGGAGAGGGAUGGCAAUGGUACGUAAAGUGA